AUGUUAUCUCAUAUCGCUCAACUCUUUGAUCAAUUUGGUUUAGUAUCCCCUGUCACGAUCAGGGCCAAAAUGUUGUUGCAGGAACUUUGGCUCCAGAAACUGUCAUGGGACGAACCACUGUCACCUCAACUCACAGAAACAUGGUGUAACAUCAGAGAAGAUCUCAAAUCAUUGAUCAAUGUACGAGCACCUCGCUGGGUAGGCACCCAAGAAAAUGCUACCAUAGAACUUCAGGGCUUCUCUGAUGCUUCUCAACUUGCCAUGGCAGCAGUCCUCUAUCUCAUAGUCCGCUCACCGUCCACAGGAUCCAAAGUCACAUUGCUCUGCUCGAAAACAAAAGUAACGCCUUUGAAACGCCUCACAAUCCCGCUACUCGAACUCACAGCAUCUCUCAUCCUGGCCAGGUUAACUAAUUAUGCUCCUCGUGUUUUAGAUACACAGAUACACACAACGACUUUGUGGACGAACUCAACAAUCUAUCUCACGUGGAUCACAUCUCACCCAGCUCGCUGGAAGGACUUUGUUCGAAACAGGGUAGAGCUCAUCCAAGAACUAACUCCAGGUGCACAAUGGAGAUACGUUUCCGGCAAGGAAAAUCCAGCGGACUAUUCUGCUCACAAACGAACACUCCACGGAGGUACAAAACUCACACUGUCCACCAUCCGACAACAAUAUUGGAUCAUUGGAGGAAGAGCCCCAGUGAAAUCCCACAUCCUGAAGUGUGUUACAUGUGCACGGCAUCGAGGUAUAAGAGCUCAACAACUCAUGGGACAAUUACCAGAACAACGUGUCAGACCAUCUCGUCCCUUUCUCACCACCGACGAGCAAUUACCUCUUUGUAAGUGGCCAUUAGGGCGAGUAAUGACCAUGCACCCAGGGUCCCCUCAAGACCUCCACGUCCACUCUAACCAGACCGAUCUCGAAGUCAGCAAUUCUACCAGUCAACUCUUCAGACGAAGCAUCCAAGAAGGAAUUUCAACCUCUCUAGUCAUCUCGAUAACUAACGCUGUUAGUUAUGGCGGGCGGAAUGUUAAAAAUUGA